AUGCCGAGAGGAAGAGGAUUGAGUACACAAGAGUCUGAAACCUGGUACAAGCUAAUGGAAAACUGUUAUUUAUGCUAUAAUCCUGGACCAGAAAUAACCGUUGAUGAACAACUGUUGCCUUGUAAAUCAAGAUGUAGAUUUAUGCAGUACAUGGCGAAUAAACCGGAUAAGUUUGGCAUGAAAUUCUUGCUAGCAACUGCUGUAAAAUCCAAAUAUGUUUUAAAUGGGUAUCCUUAUCUGCGCAAGGAUGAAGAACGACCGACUAAUUUACAACUUGGGGAAAGACUAGUUCUCAAAUUACUGCAACCACAUCUAAACUCCGGACUCAACUUUGCUUCUGAGAAACUUGCAGAUGAACUUUCUGCGAAAAAAACCACAGUUGUCGGGACGAUGAGUCUGAAUAAGCGAGAAUCACCACCUAUUGCUCAUGACACUUCUUUGGCACGAUAUUCAUCUUUUGCACUGAAAAAUGGAGACAAAACACUCACAAUAUAUGGGUGCAAGAGCAAAAGGAAUGUCAUGAUUCUGAGCACGAUGCACAGUAACGUGUUUGUUGACGACAGCAUAAAGAAAAAACCGAACACUGUCCCUUACUACAAUAGUACAAAAUGUGGCGUUGAUGUCGCAGAUCAGAUGCUGAGGAAAUAUAGUACAAGUAGUGGAAGUCGCAGAUGGCCUGUAUAUGUUUUUACAACGUCCUUGACAUUGCUGCACUCAAUGCUUGGAUUUUAUUCAAAGAAUCCUUGGGCACCUCUAUUUCCCGUCGAGAAUUUAUUCUUGCACUCGUGGAAGAACUACGAGCUGGUGCACUACGAUGCCCUCCAAUUGCUCAAAUACAGACACUUAAACGAAAGAAUGUGCAUUUCAAAGUUGCAAGGACAAAACAAGACUGUUGUCAGCUGUGAGGGAUGCCAGAAACCAAUUUUGGUAAAUGUGUUGCUGUCACUGUCAAGCGUUCAUAUUGUAUCAUGCGGUAAUGUAUAA